AUGAUUGUUGGUUUACAGAAAUAUGUUAUCCAGCAGGACAAUCCAAGAUCUAAGCGUUCGUUAUCCGAUGUCAUAGCAUCGAGUCAUCCAGAGUCUAUUCCGUCGGGACCAACUCCAUCACCGAGUCCACCAUCUACACCUCCGCAUACCCCGCCAAGAACCGACUCGAGAGUUCAUUCUACUUACAAUUCGAUAUUCGAGGCUAAAGACUUGAUAAACUCACUUGACACGUUAUUAGAAGAGUAUGAACAAUUAAUUAACAACGAUAAAGAAUAUAAGGAAACACGGAGAAAGCGCAGUUUCACACAGAAAAACAACCUAACUAAAUAUAGUUGGCGUUGUGUUAGAAGGAUUAAUAACGAGGAUUCAUUGUUUAAUCAACGGAGGGGCGCUAAGUUCUUGACAUGGGGUGGAAAGGUCGAGGAACAAGUCGACCAAUCCGAAAACCAACAACUGUGAGUUUAUAAUAACGUGUAUAAUUGUUUUUAUAGACAUAAUGGAUAUAAAGAUCCACGUUUUGAUGAUUUAUUAAUUUGUUAUAUUUAAUGUUAAUAUCAUUUAUUCUAGUGACAACGAAAAUAGUUCUACACCGGUCAACAUAGUAAACGAUUAUUACAUGACUUACAGUUGUCUGUGGUUUGUUCCUAGAGGCCCAAAUAUAUUGGAAUAUUCUGUUGUUU